AUGAGCGUGCGCAACCCGGUGGUGCCGCAUGCGGCGCUCGAGAGCGGCGCCGUCGCGCCGCGCUGCAUGACCUACGGCAGGGGCUUCCGCCCGCCAGACAUGAUGGACUGCACGCCCGGCCACCUCCACGGCUGCACGACGCCGCCCGCGAAGACCCGGUCCGGCGUCGAGUCGGUCGGGCAGACUGGCGGCUGGAAGCUGGACCCGGGCAAGCCGUACCUGCUCGAUCUGGGACUCGCGAGGGCGAUCGCGGCGGUCGCGCACCGGCACACGCUCGUCGAGCUCGGCGCCGGCCUCGGCUGCUACUCGCUCAUGCUGGCGCACUGUGGCGUCCACGUGCUGGCCGCGAUCGACGGCGCCGAAAAGGUGAACGAGCUGUCGGGCGGCGUGGUCACGCGCGCCGACCUGACGCAGCCCAUGCGGUCUGCGGCCGACUGGGUGAUGACGCUGGAGACGGGCGAGCACAUCCCGUCGUUCCUCGAGUCGGUCUUCCUGAACAACACGGCCGACAACGCCCACUGCGGCGUCGUCCUCUCGUGGGCCUUCCCCGGCCAGCCCGGCAUCGGCCACGUCAACACGCGGCCGCAGGGCUACGUGGUGGCGCAGAUGGCGUCCCGUGGGUUUAAGGUCGACGCGAAUCACACGCAGCGCCUCCGCCGCGCGGCGUCGCUUUGGUUCCUGCAGCGAAACGUUCUGGUCUUCACGAGGAUCGCGCCGAGCGCACGCGGCAGAGCGUGCCAGCCGCCCGACUUCUCGCUGAGCGACGCCGAGGUGAACCGGAUAUGCGAGACCAGGCACACGAAACACAGGUCAGCAACACGUGAGAUCACAUGA